UCCUCCAUUUUCCAGAUCUUUCUCGAACCCGCAGCUCCACGAGCGGUCGUUGCCCGAGCGCUGACGGAAGCGGCCGAAGCAGCGGCUCGCGCGUCUCCCGGGAGGCCGAGCGCGCAGGCUCAGAGCUCGGUAACUGCCGGUUGGAGACGCCGACCCGCAGCGGAGAAAUCCCAGCGGCGGAGGCGGCGGAGGCGGCGGUGCGGCGACCUCUCCCUCUCCGCGGUUGCCCGACGCGCUGCCCCCGAUUUAAAGCGUAGCGACUUCGGGUCACCUCUCCUUUGCUUCUCGUAGGAGUCGCAACCCCAGGAGCCACAGCCCAGCAGAGGACGCGGCCCCCACCCAGGAGCUUUCGGCACCAGCAUCCCGACGACGCGGCGGCGGGAUGUCUGUGGUUGGCAUUGACCUCGGCUUUCUCAACUGCUACAUCGCGGUCGCGAGGAGCGGCGGCAUCGAGACCAUCGCCAAUGAGUACAGCGACAGGUGUACCCCGGCCUGUAUAUCUUUGGGAUCAAGAACUAGAGCCAUUGGAAAUGCAGCUAAGAGCCAGAUAGUCACAAAUGUAAGAAAUACAAUUCAUGGCUUCAAAAAGCUUCAUGGACGAUCAUUUGAUGAUCCUAUUGUGCAAACUGAAAGGAUCAGGAUUCCCUAUGAGCUGCAGAAAAUGCCCAAUGGAAGUGCAGGAAUUAAGGUGCGGUACCUAGAAGAAGAGAGACCUUUUGCUAUUGAGCAAGUUACUGGAAUGCUGUUGGCUAAGCUUAAAGAGACUUCAGAAAAUGCUUUAAAGAAACCAGUAGCUGACUGUGUGAUUUCAAUUCCUAGCUUUUUCACUGAUGCUGAGAGGAGAUCUGUGAUGGCUGCAGCCCAGGUUGCUGGUUUAAAUUGUUUAAGAUUGAUGAAUGAAACUACUGCAGUUGCACUAGCAUAUGGAAUUUAUAAACAGGAUCUUCCCUCAUUAGAUGAGAAACCAAGAAAUGUAGUAUUUAUUGAUAUGGGACAUUCUGCCUACCAAGUCUCACUUUGUGCUUUUAACAAAGGAAAACUUAAAGUCUUGGCUACUACCUUUGAUCCAUAUUUGGGUGGCAGAAACUUUGAUGAGGCUUUAGUAGACUACUUCUGUGAUGAGUUCAAGACCAAAUAUAAGAUAAAUGUGAAAGAAAAUGCUCGAGCCUUGCUGCGUUUAUAUCAGGAAUGUGAGAAACUAAAGAAGCUAAUGAGUGCAAAUGCGUCAGAUCUUCCACUGAACAUCGAGUGUUUCAUGAAUGAUCUUGAUGUUUCUAGUAAAAUGAACAGGGCUCAAUUUGAACAAUUAUGUGUUUCCCUCUUUGCCAGAGUUGAACCACCAUUAAAAGCAGUACUGGAACAAGCUAACUUACAGCGUGAAGACAUAAGUAGUAUAGAAAUUGUAGGAGGAGCAACUCGAAUUCCUGCAGUAAAGGAACAAAUCACUAAAUUCUUUCUUAAAGACAUAAGUACCACAUUAAAUGCUGAUGAAGCUGUUGCAAGAGGAUGUGCAUUACAGUGUGCGAUUCUCUCACCAGCAUUUAAAGUGCGUGAGUUUUCCAUAACGGACAUUGUUCCCUACUCAAUCACAUUACGAUGGAAGACCUCUUUUGAAGAUGGAACUGGGUCUGGGGAAUGUGAAGUAUUCUGUAAGAACCAUCCUGCUCCAUUCUCAAAGGUCAUUACAUUCCACAAGAAGGAACCAUUUGAGCUAGAAGCAUUUUAUACUAAUUUACAUGAAGUGCCUUAUCCUGAUCCAAGGAUUGGGAGCUUCACUAUUCAGAAUGUUUUUCCACAGUCUGAUGGUGAUAGUUCUAAAGUGAAGGUUAAAGUUCGCAUUAACAUCCAUGGAAUCUUCAGUGUAGCUAGUGCAUCAGUAAUUGAGAAGCAAAAUAUAGAAGGGGAUCACAGCGAUGUUCCUAUGGAGACAGAAACGUCAUUUAAGGAUGAAAGCAAAGAUGAUGUGGAUAAAAUGCAGGUUGACCAAGAAGAAGGUCAUCCAAAAUGUCAUGCUGAGCACACCCCUGAAGAGGAAAUUGAUCACACAGGAGCCAAAACAAAGACAGCUCCCUCAGACAAACAAGACCGAUUAAACCAGACCAUUAAAAAAGGAAGAGUCAAGAGUAUUGAUCUACCUAUCCAGAGUAGCCUGUGUAGACAAUUGGGCCAAGAUCUUCUCAAUAGCUACAUUGAAAAUGAGGGGAAAAUGAUAAUGCAAGAUAAAUUGGAGAAAGAGAGAAAUGAUGCUAAGAAUGCUGUUGAAGAAUAUGUAUAUGAUUUUAGAGACAAGCUGGGCACUGUUUAUGAAAAGUUCAUCACUCAAGAAGACUUGAAUAAACUGUCUGCAGUAUUGGAAGAGACAGAAAAUUGGCUUUAUGAAGAAGGAGAGGACCAACCUAAACAAGUUUAUGUGGAUAGGCUUCAAGAACUAAAGAAAUAUGGCCAGCCUAUUCAAAUGAGAUACAUGGAACAUGAAGAGAGACCAAAAGCUUUAACCGACUUGGGGAAAAAGAUACAACUUGUUAUGAAAGUGAUAGAAGCAUACAGAAACAAGGAUGAAAGAUAUGAUCAUUUGGAUCCUGCUGAAAUGGAAAAAGUUGAAAAAUAUAUCAAUGAAGCCAUGAGUUGGCUGAACAGUAAGAUGAAUGCACAGAAUAAACUAAGUCUCACUCAAGAUCCUGUGGUGAAAGUUUCAGAAAUAGUUGCAAAGUCAAAGGAACUGGAUAAUUUCUGUAACCCCAUCAUUUACAAACCCAAACCCAAAGUAGAGGUUGCAGAAGACAAUGCAAAAGCUAAUAGCGAACACAACGGACAGAUGGAUGGACAGAGUGGGACUGAAACUAAACCAGAUACAACAAAAGACAGCUCACAGCAUACUAAAUCUUCUGGAGAGAUGGAAGUGGACUAAGUCUUAAAUUUACCUUCACAUAAUUCAAACAGUGCAAGUAACCAUGGGAUCCAUUCUUCUUUUACAUCUGAUACACACAACAGAUGUUCAGUUGUUCUUGACCACUUUUUGUCAUUUGUUAUUUGGAGUAGUUUUGAAAAGUGUUUUAUAUUGAGUACACAUCUAUUAAUUUCCAUUGCUGCUUAUGUGAAGCUUUAGCUGAAUACAGAUUUACAAGUCAGUUUAAGCUUUCCUAAUAUAUUUUAUAUCACAUGCAAGAUUGAUAUGUAGUUGGCCACAGUCUACCUUAUUUAAAGCUUCUACUUGGAUAAACUUCAGCUUCUUAUUCAGGAAAGUAUACUGUAUUGCACUAUUGUCGCAGAAGCGUAGAUAUAACUGAUCAUUAUUUUGAAAAACAAAUAUUGAAACUGAUGUGGUUUAAAGUCACUGGGGCACUGACUUUUUUCUAGUUAUUGUAUUGUUCUAACUUAAAUAUUAAAACAAAUAAGAGGUUCCUUGACAAAUUAGUCCAUCUCAUUGGUGUGUCAUGAGAACUCCAAAAGCUUUGCUUUCAUCACGUAAAUGAACCAAAUCACACGUUGAAAGGGAAAACGCAUAAUUUUAUGUUAAGGUGACACCAGCAGUUUUCUUCCUUUAUUAGAAAUGUGGAUUGAUGUUUUCUUAGAAUAAUUCGGUAUCAUUUUCACUUGAAACUUCUGAUCUACUUGUCCUGAAGAGCUGCUGCUGUACUAGCCUAAAGAAAGCUUUUUUAUGAAAAUACGUUCAUGUGAAGUGGGAAAUGCUGUUGACCUACUCAGACAUGCAUCUGUGAUACUGAUAGCCUGUUUCAGUUUUGAUAGUUGUUUUAGUUUUAUGAAUUGAUUCUGUUAAUAUCUUAACACAGGGAAGGGGGAAAUGGCACAAUGUAUUGCAUUAUGUACACUUAUCACUGAAGUACUUAAUGUUAAGAUAUGGAAAAACACUAUUAAAUAAGUGGUAAUACUUAAAAAGAAUCACUUAUACCCUAAGUCUUAGGAAAUAAUGCUUGUAAUGAACUUAACUAUGUUACAUAUCAACAGGCAAAAUAGAGAAUGUUAGAGUUUAAUAUGAUGUGAUUAAAUUUUAAUUCCUACUAUAUAUUACCUGUUCAGACCGUGGCUCCAGUUUUGGUGGUGCUUAUAUGAAUUAUAUGGGACAAGGGACUGUGAAAUUAAGAUAUUUUAAGGACUUAAUCUGUGUUUCAUCACCAGACUUGUUCACAUUGUUCAGUUCUGUCCACAGGCUUGAAAUUAACUGGGAAUAGACUGAAAUGAUUUUUAAACCUAUAAGAAAAAGAAGCAUAGGCAAUGCCUGGGUUCUUGUAUUUAAUGCCAAUCAACUAGAUUGACCUAAUACUGAAAUUUUCAAAGGCUCACUUUUUCCCAAAGCUAAACCUUUACAUUAAGAAUAAUUAAUAUUCACUUAAGUAGUACAAAUUGAGAGUUUAAUAUCUUUAGGGAUGGUCUAUUUCUCACAACUAGUUCUCUAAGAGAGAUUUUGUUUCUACAAUGUAGUCUGCACUGAAAGGGGAGUGGGAGAGAGUGCACUUUCCAGGGAUGUUUAUUCAUCCUUUUUGAGGAAGAUGUCCCUUGUUUGCAUUUUUAAAAAUCAUAUAUCCUCAGUAUAUUUUAAUGUUUUCUAGUCUUUAAACUGUCCUUGUUAUAAUACAUUUAAAAUGAAGUAAUUAUAUCCAUUAGUAAUAAGUGAUAAAGUACCUUAUUAUGAAAAGCAUUUAUCAGUUACUUUUCAUUUAUAUGUUGAAUGUGUAUGUUCAUUUGGGGAAGAACAAAAUUAUUAAAGGGAAUUCAUAACAGUACAAGUAAGGAGUUUAUAGCUUUUUCUUGAGUUAGCAAGACCACCACUAUCACUAUUUUAGGAGCUAUUCCUCAGAAACCUCUUAGGAAUAAAUGUGGGAACAACCCUUUCUUCAUCUUAAUUGUCUAGUAUGUCCUGACAUUUUUCAUUCCUUAAAUCAGUUUAUGUAGUUCUGUGUUUUGGUCCAAUAUAUAACAUUCCAAUUGUUGCAGUUAUAUAACACUUAAUGAGUUAAAUACAUCCAAAGAUAAUAAGUAUGCUUUUUACCUAUUUAAUCAACUUAAUUUAUAUUUUCAAACACUCUUUAACCUUAUUAUGUAGUUAUUUAUUGACUACAUUAGAAUGUAAUGUAGUUCUUCUACAAGAGAAUGUUCUCCUAAAUACAGUUUUGGGUAGGUAGUAUGGUUUAGUUUAAUUUUAAUCACUGAAAUAUGCAGUGCUAGACAAAAGAAUUAAAUAUUUUUUUCAAAAGCAAAAGCCAUUAUAGAUUUUUAAAAGAUACUUAGCAAAAUAGACUGUUUUCCUAUAGUAGGCAAAUAAGGACUAAGUAUAAGAAAUAUCUAGGAUGAUCUACACUAAUAAAAGAGAAAGAUGCAAAUUGACCAUAUCUUUGCGACGCCCACCAGCCAAUCAGGAGUGAGUAUGAAAAUUAACUCAGCAAAGCUGGUGAGUUAAUUUGCAUACGCAGGUGUCGAGCGUCCUGAGGCAGGGUGGGACGUAGAUGUUCCGCACUGCCCCAGCCACUCCAGGCUUCUGGGCAAUAUGGGAAGGCAGAAAGGUGGCUCUGGCCGGAGCAAAGGCAGUGCCGGUAGCCAGGGGAACGAAGGCCCAUUCUUGCACAAAUCUUCGUUCAUCAGGCCUCUAGUUAAUAAAUAUUAGUAUAUUUUGACUAUGGAAAAAUAUAAAUUCUUUGGUUUGAAAAAUAACUUUUUUUCUUUUUUUUUAUUGUUUAAAGUAUUACACAUAGUAGUACAUAUAUAUCCUUUUUUUUCCCCAUUGGCCUUCUCCCAGUCUCCCCUUCCCCCUGUUAAAAAAUAACUCUUGAUAGCCUAUUAUUAUGAUUAUAAAAACAAACACUGCUCAAUAAUAUAGCAAUAAUAUAACGAAUUUUUAUUCCUUAGCAGUAAUCAGAAUUCUUGAGUUUUAAAAUAAUUAGAAACAGCACACCAAAGAAUUAGACUAUUGGAAUAUCAGAUAAUCUCAGUUUUAAAAAGGUAACUGGUCUCUUAUUAAGAACUAAAGAUUUCUUAGACUUUUUGGGGUGGCAAUUUUUAAUAUGUUCAUGAUUAUUUCCUUGAUAGAAUUCUUCAUUAAAAGUGAAUUUUGGGGCUCAGUUAUCAAUAUAAUAAAAUGGUAGUGUUAAAGCAUUUUAUCCAAAUUAGCACAUCUUUAACUAUUUUGAAAAAUUAUUCAUAUUUAAAGACGAUACUUGGAGCUCCAGUGGCGCAGUCGGUUAGCGCGCGGUACUUAUAAAGACGAUACUUGAAUAUAGUAAUCAAAUUAUCUUAUUUCAGUUUGUCCCAAAAUAGAUAUAGCCAUCCCUCUUUUUCAUCAAUUUAAACUGUAAACAUUCCCAUUAAGAAUUUUUUGCUGUAAUUAUUGUUAAUCCUCACCCAAGGAUAUUUUUUCCCAUUGAUUUUUUAGAGAGAGUGGAGGGGGGGGGGAGAGAGAGAGAGAGAGAGAGAGAGAGAGAGAGAGAGAAAGAAAACAGUUGUGAGAGCCUCACAUCAACUGGUUGCCUCAGGCACAUGCCCUGACCAGAGCCUGUAAUCAAAUCCUUGACCCUUCCAUGCCCAGGCCAAAGCUCUAACCACAGAGAAACACCAGCCAGGGCAAGAUUUUGUUGUUUUUUGUUUUUUUCAAUAUUUUGUUUUAAUGGUUGGUUUUUGGUACUCCACACAAAUUAAUGCUAAGGCAAGAUUUACAAGUCUUAAAUUACUAGAAAAAUAGAGUUCAUGUUUCUCACCUUGUAGAAUUUUACAACAAAAAAACUUCAGUUCUAAAGUAAAUGUUAUUUUGUGUUUUAACUUUGGAAGUUUUGAGUUUUAAGUGGAAUUUUAUUUUGUGAUAUUAUUCUGUAAAACUUAAUCAGAGGCAUAUAACUAAUUGUAUUGCUCUAUUAAUAUUUGAAAUCUGCUAAUUAAAUAGCAACUGCUAACUUUUCAAAUGAUGUAGGUAGGGACACUUACAAAGUUGGAUACUGAUAGUGUAUCCUUUUAAUGUGUUUUUAACUGAGUGAUUUAGCAAACUAAAUCUUCUUAAAGCAGUCAGUCAGUUUCAGAAAAUAGACUUUUUGAUCAGAAAAGAAAAACAGGUUUAAAAUUACCUUUUGUUUUUUUAUCAAGGUCUGAUUUAAAGUAUCAUUUUAAAGUAAUUCCCUGGAAGCACAUAACCUUUUCUUUUAAUAAUUUACAAAAAAUUAUUGCAAAUAAAAAACCCAAGACUUUUAACCAAACAAAAAAGAAACUUUUAACUAUUUUACUUUCACAUCUAUAAUUUAAAAUACACUAUUCUUCUAUGUAUGCAUGUUUCCUUUGAAAGAAGCUUUGGGUUUACAAUACGGCCACGUCUAAGUUUUUUCCUACUAAAUUCAAGGGUAAUUGUUUCACAUAAUAAAUGGACACCUGGAAUUUUUAGAAUAACAAACUGCUUAGAAGAAGAGAAGAACACGUUAAUGUCUGGCAGUGGUCAGUAUCGAUAGGCUUUUUCCAUCUGCUGGAUCCCUAAGGGAUAUCUCACAUAUUGUUAGAGUAUUAAAAGAAAAGGCACAUGUGUUAAAAUACAUUAUCAAAUGACUUGAGCUUUCAGUUAAAAAAAAAACAACACACACACAA